AUGGGUUUACACACCGAAUCUCCGGACCGAAGUACACAAGAAGGAGAAGAAGCUAAUAUUGGAGUUGAGGAUGAACCAAGACCAACGACAUCAACAAUUCCUGACCGGUCACAAAUUCUCAAGACACGAGACUGGUGGAUUUGGAUCUAUGUCUGUUCGGGUUUGGUCGUAGCAGGAAAAGUUUUAUCCACACUUCUUCUAAACUUCUAUUUCAUCCAAACAGGACGAGAUGUUUGUGACGACCCAAAACAAUUUAAAGGCACAUGGCUUCAAUCUAUGAUCCAAAACGCUGCGUUUCCAUUCACUGCCUUCCUUCUCCUCUUAUGGCGUUCUUUAUUCUCCACCCAUAGAGAAUCUCUCUCUUCUUCUGCUUCUUCUUCUUUUGGCAAACUCUUUCUUCUUUACAUCUCUCUCGGCAUCCUCUUUGCUGCUUAUAGCCAACUCUAUGCAAUUGGAAGAACACAUUGUGUGUUCUUCUUUUGGAUCUUUACAACACAGUUGAUCUUCACUUCACUGUUCACAGUAAUUAUCAACAAACACAAAUUCAACCGUUGGAUCAUAUUAUCCAUCGUCCUUUCUGGGGCUGCAACAGGACUUACAUCUUCUGAUGAUGCCUAUUAUCCCUGCGAAGGUGAAGGCUCUAAAAUGAGUGAUGGUGCUUGGUGUGCCUUCUUUGGCACGGUAGCCUUCUCUUUAUCUCUAUGUAUAAUGCAAUUAGGGUUUGAAAAGGUCAUACCUAAGAGAGAGAGUAGAGUUUCCGUCGUGAUGCUGAUGCAAACCAACGCUUCUAUGAUUGCGACGUUGAUAUGUUUGGUUGGAUUGUUCGUAAGCGGCGAAUUCAAAGAUAUCAAGGAAGAUUAUGAGACGUUUAAGCAGGGGAAACCACUUUACGUUUUGAGUCUAAUCGGAUUAUCACUUGCGUGGCAAGUAAUGUCUUUAGGGCUUGUGGGUCUUGUGUGUUUGGCUUCUUCUCUUUUCUCUAAUGUUGCCAGCUUCUGCGCGACGCCGUUAGCGAACAUUCUCGUUGUGGUGGCGUUUCGGUUUAUGGAUGAUGACAUUGAGUGGUUUAAAGGAGGAGCUUUGUUAGCUGGGAUUCUUGGGUUUGCAUCUUAUGUAUAUUCUUUGUACAAGUCUGUGAAGAAAAGGGAACAAGCAAACCAAAGUGAAACAAUGAGAGUUUAA